UCUACCAUUGACAAAUCAUCUUGCCAUUUCAUGGGCCACAAAAUGGCGGCGUUUAACACUUAUGUGAACAGGCUACUUAGGAUCCCUUUGAAGGAAGAGUUCUACGAGAAAGAGGUCAGCACUCUCAAGUAUAUAGCUGUUGAAAAUGGAUACUCACCUGAAAUCAUAGAUAAUUUGAUUAAAAAGAAAAAACAAAAACAAUCCAUUGAAGCAACAAUUGUUCAACCAACUUCAGAACCCGCAACAAACAGCCAAACUGAUAAAUUUUGCAAUCUGCCAUAUUACGGAAAUAUUUCUCAUAAAAUAGCAAGGGUCCUGGGUAACCUAGAGAAUACGAAGAUUGCCUUUAAAUCUAAGAAUACUUUACAGCAAUACCUAAUCAAAAAUAAAACCCCUGUGGACAGCCUUGAGAAACCAGGAGUCUACAGACUCGAAUGUGGCGAUUCGGAAUGCAACGCUGUAUACGUGGGCAGAAGCGGAAGGUCAAUUAAAACUAGGACAAGGGAACAUCUAUAUAGCCUAAAAAACCCUAACAACAAUAAAUCCAUUUUUGGUUCACACCUUCGAGAUGAAGAACAUUGCUUCGAUAUUAACACCAAUGUGAAAUUGUUGCAUCAUUGCGACUUCGGGUUCAGGCAGGAGAUACUUGAAGAAGUCGAAAUAUUUAAACAUAUGCGGGACAACCGAUAUAACACACUCAAUGCAAUGCUAACUAAUAAUAUAAAAGAAACAUAUAAAUUAAUAUCACCUAGCACACGAGAUUGAUGAAGAAGAUGAUUUUUAUAUCUGUUAUGUGUCCGUGUUCGGAAGAUUUAGUUUUGUAUUACACCCGUCUGCCUGACGUUGAUGUGUCACCUUUCAACUUUUGACGGUCGACCUGAUGUGUCUUUGUUGUUUUACUGUUUAUGAGUAACUAUGUUUAAUUGUAACUUCACUUGAAACUAAGAGCUUAUAUAUUUUUACUUGGAUGACUGACUAUCAUGACAAUUUUGGAACCAAAAAUCAUAUUCAUGGUUUGAUAAUGGCCGAAAAAGGCCGAAACAUGUCACCUAUAUGAUAUAAAUAUAUGGUUCCAAAAGUAUAGAAGUGUUUUCAAGACUU